AGCAAAUCCCACACCAACAUGUUGCCUUUGAAGCAUAUAUACGAAAGCUUAUACAAUUCGUUGCCCUUUCUUGAGCUUUGAGUUGCAGCAAAAAUGGCAGGGGAAGAUGGAAAGAAAGAGAAAGAGAAAGAUGAGAAAGAUGGAAAGAAAGAAAAGGAAAAGGUUGAGGAAGUGAUCACUGCUGUUUACAAAGUUAACAUCCAUUGCCAGCAAUGUGCACGUGAUAUCAAGAACCCACUUACACGUACACAAGGGGUUCAUGCUGUGGAUAUUGACGACGUGAAGGGUGAACUGAAGGUUAGAGGUGUUAUCGACCCAAGUAAAAUUCAUAAACAAAUAGAGAAACUGAGUAAGAAAAAGGUUGAGUUGGUAUCACCCAAACCCAAGAUCAAGGAAUUGGUAGAGAUCAAGAAAGUGGUGGAAGAAAUUAAACAACCAAUUGUGCGCACAACAUCAGUGAAAGUUAACAUGCACUGCGACAAAUGUGAGCAAGACCUGAGGAAGAGGCUACUGAAGCACAAAGGUAUUUACAGUGUUAAAACUGACAAGAAAGCAGAAACUCUGACAGUUGAAGGAACCAUUGAGCCUGAUAAACUACUGUCGUACUUAAAGAAGAAGGUUCACAAGCAUGCAGAGAUUAUAACCACAAAACCAGAGAAAAAAGAAAAGGAGAAAGGUGAUCAAGGUAAUAAAUCCACGGAUCAGAAACCCUCCGACAAAAGUGAAGGAAAAUCCACUGAGAAACCCUCUGACAAAGGUGAAGGAAAAUCCACUGAGAAAACCUCCGAAAAAAGUGAAGGAAAAUCCACUGAGAAAACCUCCGACAAAGGUGAAGGAAAAUCCACUGAGAAACCCUCCGAUAAAGGUGAAGGUAAAUCAGGUGGAGGGAAAACUACUGAGAAACCCUCCAAUAAAGGUGAAGAUAAAUCAGGUGGAGAAAAAACUACUGAGAAACCCACUGAAUCCACCAAGAUUAUAGAAGUUAUGGAAGAGAUAAAGAUUGUGGAGGUUAAAACUAAAGAGGGAAAGGAUCCAUAUUUUAUUCAUUAUGUCUAUGCUCCCCAGAUGUUUAGUGAUGAAAAUCCAAAUGCUUGUUCUGUAAUGUAGAUAUAUAUAUAUAUGGGUGAUAGUACUGAAAUAAAGAGUCUUGUUACAAUUUAUUUGGGAUUUUUCCCAAUUUUUAUCAUACAACUGAACUAUGAAACAACCACAAUAUAUAUGCUAUGAACCUUUACAUU